GUAGAAAGAGAGAGAGAGAGAGAGAGAGAGUAUAUAUACAUAUAAAUAUAUAUAAUCAUCGAUCAUGAAAAGAGGUGAAAGCUCAGGAGGAGGGCAGAGCUCACUGGGCUAUCUCUUCGGCCCAGAUGCUAAUCAGAAUAAGACACCUGUCAAUUCGCCACGUCAUCCUCCAACCUCGUAUACGCCGCCGCCACCGUACGGAAUUGAUGACGAGAAAGCGGCGCCGCCACCGCCGCCGCCGCAGCACAGAACCAAUAACCCACUCAAUAAGGGCCUAAAUUCUGGGAAACCUCUCACUGGUCGUCUAUCAACAAAGGUUAAAUCCCCACCAGGCGGAGAUUCAUCACUUGGCUAUCUUUUUGGAGAUAAGUCCUAACUGACAGAGCUUUAAUUUUCACAAGAAUUAUAUAAUAAGAAUGAAAAUAUUCAUUCCCCAUAUUUAUAUAAUAUGUAUGUAUAUAAGUUUGGGUAUUUGUAUGUGUCUGUAUGCAGCUUAUAAAUUAGGGUUUGUUUGUAUUAAUUAUACUUUGUAUGGUUUGCAAUUUUAAGAGAUGUGUUGGAAUAUAUGGGUAUUGCGAGAAUAAAUUUUACCAUGAAACCGAGUCGAGGAUGAAUCAAUUUUCUGAAAAUUAGAUACACCCCUGUAGUAUCUCAAGUGGCUGACAUUCUAAUCCAAAGAUAAAACGGUUUCCGUCUCCAAUGAGAGUGACACCUCUAAUCGUUGGAGCUCCGGCGAACAAAACAAGAGAGGAACUGAGCUGGAAAAAUUACCGAAAAGCUAGAAGAGAGGAGAGAAGGAGGAGAGAGUUGUUUGUGUUGGUGUUUAAAAUGAAGGGAGAGAGACCCUUUAUAUAGGCGUCUCCACUCGACCAAAAUGGUAGAGGAUCAAUUGCGAUCAUAAUUACGACCUUAAUUAUCGAUGUAAUUUAUUCUG